AUGUCUUUUCUAUUCCAGGUUUCGAGAAGAGCCGUGGCUGCGCCGUGGUUCGGCCCGCUGUUUGCGGCCAGGCCGGCGAGCCAGGUGUUUCUCGGCCAGCGAAGCAUUGAGCAGACCGAGCUUGAGAAGCAGGACACCAUGACGAGAAGACAGCUCGAGCUGUCGAAGGAAAGAGUCCAGCUCAAGCGCAUGAAGCCUGUUUCGCCGAGUCUGAGGUGGUGGCGGCGGCCGGUGUACCCUUAUCUGUGGAAAGGCAAGCCCCACAAGCCGCUGACCGUGACAAGGGUGCCGAGGUCCGGACGUAACAACACGGGACGAAUCGUUGUGAGACACCGCGGAGGCGGGCACAAGCGCCGGAUCCGGCUGAUAGACUACACCAGACAGGCUGGCGGGCCGCAGACGGUGGUGAGAAUCGAGUACGACCCGAACAGAACGGCACACAUUGCUCUGAUCAAGCACAACGAGACGGGCGAGCUCUCGUACAUAAUCGCGUGCGAGGGGCUCCGAGAAGGCGACGAGGUGGAGUCUUUCCGGUCUGGGAUCCCUGAGAGGAUCAUGCAGGAGAUGGGGGGCAAGAUCGACCCUGCGAUUCUCGCUGUGCGGAUCUCCAGAAAGGGCAACUGUCUUCCCAUCUCUCUGAUUCCCGUGGGCACGAUUGUGUACAAUGUGGGCGAGCACAAGAACGGGCCGGCCAAGUACUGCCGUGCUGCGGGCACGUACGCGCGUGUGGUAGCGAAAGACCCAGAAAAAAAGCGCGCCGUGGUGCAAUUGCAGAGCGGCGAGCAGCGGUAUGUGAGUCUGGAAGCGUGUGCCACGCUUGGCGUGACGUCGAACGCGGCGCACCACAACGAGAGUCUGGGUAAGGCCGGAAGAAACAGAAACAAGGGUAUCAGGCCGACCGUGAGAGGAGUGGCCAUGAACAAGGUGGACCACCCGCUCGGAGGAGGCCGUGGUAAGUCGAAGAGUAACAAGCCGCCUAUGUCUCCUUGGGGUGUUCUUGCCAAGGGUGGGUUCAAGACCAGAACGGGCAAGCACGUCAACAAGAACAAGGUGAAGGACCGGCCGCGUGGAAAGCAGGUGUGA